GCCGAUCAAUCCUCAACACUCACACUUUCUUCUACAUCCUGCCCAAGUUACCAAGCAAUAUUCCCGGUUUCCCGCUUCGGUCUGUUGCCCAACAUGCAAGCCAACCUGUUCAAACUCCUCGCUAUCGCUGCCGCGUUUUCGGCUAUGCACUCUACCCCGGUAGAGACUGCCGAGGUCACCAAGGCACAGGUCAACAGCACGCAGGUCAACGGACUUCAGAUUAACGGAACUCAGAUCAAUGACAGUUUCAGGGUUGCUGGAGUCGAGAAAACCUGCUACAAGAGGGACCUUCCUCAUAUCAGCGAAAGAGCGAAGGAGGGAGAUAUUUUCAAGCGGUCUUGCAAGGGCCAAACCUGCUAGCACAACGAUCAGUAUAUUACUUGGGGAUAUAGGGAGUACAAUCUACACUUUAACGGCUGCGGCAACUCAUGGACUGCAUGCUGGUAGCGCAGAGGGUUAGUUGAACGAUUCGUUACUAGUACUAUACGGAAAAAUACAUUCUCGAAUAUUUAAUGUUUAGGCUAUACUACUUCGAAUUCUAAUGUUUAUUUGACAUC